ACUUUUGCUUCCCAGUUCCCUCCUCUCUCUCUCUCUCUCUCUCUCUAUCCGGGAAGUGAAAUUCUCAUUAAUGUCGAAAGAGAAAUUAAAGUCUGUAAUCACUUCUUUCACUCCUGAUGGUGACUUCCUCGCCAUUUUAUCUCCAAAUGGAACUGUCAAAAUAUGGAGUACUGGCAAUGGAAGUUUAUUGGCAGAGUGGAAGCAGUCAGAUGGCAGCCCUGUUAAUUAUUCAUGUAUGGCCUGCAGUUUCGUUGGAAAGAAGCGUAAAAAAGGACGUGGGUCUUUCUUAUUAGCCCUUGGCACAAGUGGUGGAGAUAUCUUGGCUAUUGAUGCUUUCACCAAUGACACAAAGUGGAAAUCUAGUGGAUGUCAUCCAGGUGGAGUCAUUGGUCUUGCUUUUGUGAAUAAAGGCCAUGCCCUGCAUAGCAUUGGAACUAGUGGAAUGGCAUCUAAGAUGAACUCAGAAUCUGGAGAGCUGAUAAUGGAAUUCAAAGCAUCCAAAAUGCCCAUUGCUUCUUUGGCUUUUUCUAGUGAUGAGAAAAUUUUAGCUGUAGCUAGCAGUAAGACACGGAUUCUGAGCCUGGAGAAUGGAAAAGAGCUUCUGAAGUUCCCUGGUGACUUGGGUCCAGUACACUAUGUUUCUAUAGCUAAUAAUGCAAAGACUAUUAUUACAUCAGGUUUUGGGGAGAAAAAUCUUCAUGUAUGGAGAUAUGAUUUGAGUUCCAAAAGUGUGAAUAGUGGUCCUGUUCUCCCCAUGCGACAUGCUCCAUUAGCCUUUGAAUGCAAGAAUAGUGGUGAAGAAAAAGAAGAUGGUUUAGUUGUCUUAGCACUAUCAGGGUCGGGUGUAGUCUAUGUUUGGAAUUUGAAAACCAUCUCACAAGAUGAGGUUAAUCCAACAAAAAUCACUGUAAAAGCUAACAAAACUGAAACAGACCAGUUGAAAGGUGAAAAUGCCAAGAAGAGUCGCAUUUCAAUUUUUGCUGCCAAAUUACAUGAUCUAGAGGAUGACAAACAGUCGACAGCAGUUAUUGCUUAUGGUUCAAUAGAUUCUCCACAGUUUAGCAUCGUGAACAUUAGUAACUCUGGGGAAAACAUUGUUGUCGGUGCUACAGAUGAGACUGACAGUGUUAGAGAACAUGGGAUUUUGCCUAGGAAAGGUAUUUCAAAGUUUAGCAGUCUUCCCUUGUUUCUUUUCUUGCAGCAUACUGAAAGAUCAAUAAAGUUUCAUGAUUUAGAAUCAGAAUCUGCCUCAUCCCUAAAUAAAAAAACAAAGAAGAAACGGGCUGCAUCUGAUGGGGGAGAUGUUGAUACUGAUAAUGGUGAGGCUAUGGAUGGAGUCCUCUUGGAAGAUGAUAUGAAUGAGCCAACCAUGGGUGAGAAACUUGCAAUUUUAAAUUUACAAGAUAUUGAUAAAACCAAGAGCCAUGAGAAACAGGAAUCACCUCCUUUGGCAAAGCCACCAAGUGCAGACUCAGUCAAUGUUGUUCUCAAGCAAGCAUUACAUGCUGAAGAUCGUGCUCUUCUGCUAGAUUGCUUGUAUACCCAAAAUGAGAAGGUUAUUGCAAAUUCAAUCUCGCAGCUUAGUCCAUCUGAUGUCCUCAAGCUUUUGCACUCUCUUCUAACCAUAAUUGAUUCAAGGGGAUCAAUCUUGGCAUGUGCCCUUCCAUGGCUAAGAAGUUUACUUCUUCAACAUGCAAGUGGAAUAAUGUCCCAUGAUUCUUCUUUACUUGCCUUGAACUCUUUAUAUCAGCUCAUUGAGUCCAGAAUCUCAACUUUCCAAUCAGCUCUUCAGCUAUCAAGUUACUUAGACUUCCUCUAUGCAGGGGCGGUUGAUGAUGCAUCAGAAGAAAAUGAAACAGUAACUCCAGUAAUUUAUGAGGACAAGGAUGAAAGUGAUGAACAAGAAUCUGAUGAAGCCAUGGAAACUGAUCAAGAUAGCGAAGAAGAACAAGAAUUUGGUGAACUUAGUGAUCUUGAAGGAGGUGAUAAUAUCAGCAUGAGUGAAUAAUGUUACCAAGGCUAUUAUCGUUUAUGUUACUAGGAGCAAUGGGUAAAAUGGAUUUGGAAUUUGAUGUCCUGGGAACGUUUUUUCUUGUCAGUCUGAAGGACGAGAGUCUGCCUGAUUCUCAUGGCUUUGCUGCAUAACAUCGUUUUACUGGAGCACAAAGAACAUUUUGGGUAAGCGGAGCAACGGUGAAUUUCAAAGACAUGCCUUUGUUAUUAAGAUCAUGCAAGAAGCUUGUAUUUAUCCAUUUGUCAACUUCGACUUUCCUUUGUAAAACAGAACACUGGAUUUUGGUCAUUAUUACUACACAAAGAAACCUCAUAAUUGUUGUUAUGCCUUUUCUUUUCUCCGGUCAUGUACAUAAUUCUGAUUAGUUUGCUUUACCUUCCUUAGAAAUUAAAGACCCACACAUUCAUUCUCUUUA